UGGAAAGGAAGUUCUAUUCAUCAUAAGUUUAUUUGUACCACAUAUGGUUCAUUCCUGUACAAGGUUUCCCUACAUCUAUAUUUAACGAGAUUUCAUGUCACAUGAUUAAAUAUUGAACUUCCGGUUGUCUGCUUAAACUUCAGAAAUGGCGAAUGUUCAAGGAAUUGACAAGAUUCAAGAUUCCCUAGGAUAUUUGGUGUUGACUGAAGAAGGAGCAGUUAUUAGUUCAGGUGGGGACCUUCAGAAUGCUGAGACCCUGGCUGAUGGACUGACAAAGCUUGUGUUUACAGCCAGCAGAAUACCUGUAUCUCCAGACAGAAGAGAAACUUUUCAGAAGAUUUCAGUGAUAUGGGAAGAUUUCAUGUACGUCAUCACAGUAUCUAACCACAAAAUAUACAUCUGCAAGAGGCCUUAUUCUCCACAAGAUCCAGCUAUUGCUUAAUUUAUUUGUUAUCUUAUGUACAUUUGUUUUCCAUGGAUGAACAAUGCCAUGUAGGGACAAAUAUAUAACUAUGGAUAGAUUUUGUGAGUGCUGAGGAGAAUCUGUGGUGCAAUUGAUGCCUCAAGUGGCAAUAUAUUCAAACAUAUGAGGGUGCUGGCACAGAAGGACAUCUUAAGAUAUUUAUAGUUGAACCUACAUUAAUAUUUUAAAUUUUUUUUAAAACAAAACUUCACUCAGAAAUGUUAUUUCUUUGAGUAUAUGAUGCAUGUAUUUUUUUCUUUUUAAAAGUAUUACACUCCCUGUACUGUCACUUUUAUACUUAUGAUAAAUAAAUUUUUCUUACCUACCUUGAAAGAUAAAAAUGGUGACUAGCUAGAGUUAAAAAAAAAUCAAACAAAUUGUGUAGACUGUUAUAAUAUUCUACUGUUGUCCAAAAUUCAAUCAAGUAAAUGGAAUGUCAGAUGCAGUAAAUAUAUGUGAAACUUUGAUUUAGUUCAUUUCUAGUACAAACAAUUCUUGAUAGGCAUUCAGUAAGAAAUCAUUCUAGUAUCCAUAUACAUGUACAGUGAAUCAACAUAAUUAGGGGUUCUGAGUGUGCUUUUGGAUGUGGGACUCCUGAAAA